AUGGAUAAUGGUAUCAUAAAAGACAAUGGAGUGGAGCGGGCGAUGACAGGUGUAGAUCGGGCUAACUAUUGCCCGAAUAACCCGUAUAUGGAUUCUCCGCAAGGAAUCGGUUUUGCGGUCACUAUUAGUGCCCCUCAUAUGCACGCACACGCUCUCCAACUUCUUAAGGAUCACUUAACUGAUGGGGCGAAAGCACUGGACGUGGGCUCAGGUUCUGGUUAUUUGACUGCUUGUAUGGCAUUAAUGGUGGGUCAGAGAGGAAUGGCUGUUGGGAUCGAUCACAUGCCAGAACUCGUCAAUUUGUCGGUCGAAAAUAUAAGGAGAGAUCAGCCAAACCUUAUUGAGUCAAAGAGAGUCAAAAUGAUUGUUGGCGACGGAAGACAGGGUUAUCCACAGGAAGCUCCUUAUGAUGCCAUUCAUGUCGGCGCUGCCGCUCCCACUCUUCCACAAGCCGUACUUGGUGGAUCAGCUGAAGAUUGGUGGUCGACUGAUUGUGCCGGUCGGGAGGGAAGGCUAUAAUCAAUCA